UCUCGUAACUCUUCCUAGACAGCUGGCGGCUGAACUGACCCACACCUAUGUUAAGUUAAGGCGCGCGCGCGACGCUCGGGAUUGCGCGAGCACGUGAACGCGACCACAGCCCGUGAGGAAAAAAAAAGAGCCAGAGCCACAGUACGCUUCCGUCCCGCCGCGGCCAACAUGAAGGAGCGCAGGGUGAGCCAGCCGCUGGUGGUCCGCUGUAAACUGGUGCUGGUGGGGGACGUUCAGUGCGGGAAAACAGCGAUGCUGCAAGUGCUGGCGAAGGACUGUUACCCUGAGACUUAUGUCCCCACCGUGUUCGAGAACUACACAGCUGGCCUGGACCUGGAGGAGCAGCGCGUGGAGCUCAGCCUGUGGGACACGUCUGGCUCUCCAUAUUAUGAUAACGUCAGGCCACUCUGCUACAGCGACUCUGAUGCCGUGCUGCUCUGUUUCGACAUCAGCCGACCUGACACCGUCGACAGCUCACUGAAAAAGUGGAAGACUGAGAUCAUGGAUUUCUGUCCCAGCACACGCAUUCUCCUAGUCGGCUGCAAAACAGACCUGCGCACAGAUGUGUGUACGCUGAUGGAGCUGUCCAAUCAGAAAAUGGUGCCCAUUUCUCAUGAACAGGGAUCUUUAUUAGCCAAACAGUUGGGAGCGGAGGCGUAUCUGGAAUGUUCAGCAUUCACAUCAGAGAAAAGCAUCCACAGCGUGUUCCGUUCAGCAGCGCUCGCCUGCCUCAACAAGCUACAGCCGUCAGUCAAACCCAGCCCCGGCCGACGACUGUCCAAACGCCUGCUGCACCUGCCCAGCAAGGCCGAGCUUCUCAGCUCCUCCCUCGGGAAAGAGAGGAGCAAGAGCUGCUCCAUCAUGUGACUCUCUGCGUGCUGAAACAGACCAAUAGAAGGCCAGUUUUGGGGAGAGGAGGGUUUCUGACCUUUGCGGACUCCCCCACCCACCACCACAUUCACCUUUUGCCUUUUUCAUUUGAUUUAUUUCCUUCCUUUUGCUCAUAACGAACGGCGGGUUCCACUGAAGGUUUGCUGUGUGGUAUUCUGGAUUUUCUUCUAGCGCACUUUCUAAUAUUGAGUGUCUUUUUUCUGCCUGCUGAGGGAUAGCUUCACAUGAAGUGUGUUGUUGUAUUUAAGGAACAUGGUUUGUACAAUUAUGACUUUUAAAUUCAUUGUUGUGUAUGAGUGUGUGUGUAAUAGGAUUUGGAACUGUGAAUGCAUUUACACUGCAAAAAGAAGGCCUUUGAUGCUAAGGUGUAUGCACUUUAAGUUGUGUGAUAGAUAUAUAUUAUAGCCUGCAACAUGCCCAAAAAAGGACAUUUACUUUGGCAUUUUUGUCUAUGGGAAAAAAAAAUAAAAAAUCAAAAUAUGAGUGCAGCUAUACAUGUAGCUGGUGAUUUCGCACAUUAUCCUGCAUGUAUUAUAUGUAGUGACAUUGGCCUUGCAGUUCAAUGGCCUUGAAAUUCAUAUGAAAUAGUGGUAUGAAAUAGGGAAAAGUCUAACUAGGAUAUAAUUAGUGAUGCGCUGAAAAGGAAUCUUUCAGCUGAAGGCCGAAUACUGAACACGUUUUUGUUUGCAGGUUUUCAUUAAUUGUCCCACUUUAUUUAUUUUUUUAACAUUGAAUAAAUUGAAUUGCCUCAUUCAAAGAGUUAAAAAAAUGCAAUUACAAAACUAUGAUUCAAAACUAAUUUUUGAACACUUCAUUUUAACGUACAAGCAGGCUUACCAGCAAAGCACAAUAUGACAAAAGCCAGUGGCACACAUGCACUGGAUAAAAAUGCGAUUAAAUCACAUUUUUUAUUGUUUGUUUUUCUGAGCUGGAUUACUCACUGACCCUCGAUGACAGGUCAAGGGCACCAUGCUGAUUAGAUAAGUUAGAGUAAGUCCUGCUAAAUAAACCUGAGUUAGGAAGCAUAGAAUUGCGGUUAGCUAUGAUGAUAGCUGUUAUUCUGAGCUGAAUUAGUUCCUGAUUUUUUUACGUUUAUGAAAUAAUGAUGCACAUUGCUGUUUGAAAAGAAAUGUGUGUGAUGUCUGUACCAUAUACUGAUCUUGAGUUAUGAAGCUCAGAUUAAUGACAUGUAGUUACCAAGCACAGGGUGAUAAAAUAAUUGACUUUAUUUUUUCACUUAUUAACCAGAAUUAUUCAGAAGAAAUGCAAAAAUAGCAAUUUCAGUUUUCAGUAUAUAAUUAUAGAUAAAAAGUUCACUUUUUGGACUUCACUGGCUCACCACAGUGUGCAGCAGAGCUCAUCUGAUUCCAUUUGUUCCCAUAGACAAAAAAGGCUGAGAUCUUGGACUUAUCCAAUGCUUAGAUGGAACUAAAAAAUGAAGACUCUCAGCAGCAGUUUAUAGGAAGCUAGAUUUACUGAUUACCACACACCGAACAUGUGAGACAGGCCAAAGUGUGAUGCCUUUUGGUUAGAGGACAUGAAAGGGUAAGGGGAGGAGCCAGAGAGAGGUUUAUUAUUUCCUGUUGAGACGGGCUAGUGCAGUUAUAAAUCUUACACUAUAUAGAGCACGCAAUCACAUUUAGGGAGUUAGGACGUGUUUAAAAUGCUGACACUUGCUCAAUUUUUUCCCCCUACCCCCAUCUUUCUCUCUCUCUCUCUCUCUCUCUCUCUCUCACACACACUCUCUCACACACGUUCCCUUGCUUUAUCUCACAUCUGUCCAUAAAUCUUAGCCCUGGAGCCCUUAAGAGAUGGGACAGCAUGGCCAGAAAUAAGAGCAGUUGUUCAGCUGGGAUGGUGCAUGACCCCAAAGCUACUGCAGGGUUUAAAUCCAGUCGGAACAGGCCCGAGACAGAGGGAUUAGAGCAGGAGACAGGAGGCCAUUUCAGCCCAGCCCAGUCUGAUGAGAGGUUAGAUAAGACACAUCCACACUGAAUGUUCCUGUAUUGUUUUCUCCCACUUUCUCUUUAAUUUGAUAAUCAUUAUGUUACUGCAGAGAUGCUGUCUUUAUAUUAUGCCUAUAAUUGGUUGAUUUGGACGGUUCUCUAUUUUUUUAAGUAGAAUAUGAUUAUGCUCUUGUCUGGUCUGAACAACACUACCCCCUGUAAUCGGCUCUGUUUCUUUAGAGCCAGAGAGUUCUGAUCCCUCUUUAUUUGGGUGAUCUCUCGCUCCCUUAAAUCCCUCCACGACAGAUUGCGAAAGUGAAUCUUUCUUUCAUUUGAGGCUUUUGGACAUGUAGCAAUUACUGGAAAGCUUAAAGUACCUCAGUUGAAAUUGUGAGACAUUAUUAGAGACAUUAUUAUCAGUAUAGGAAUUAGUGCCAUUUUAUAGGAAUUUGUACUUUCUUUGCUUAACCCUCCUGUUAUUAAUUUUCUGCUGGAAUUAAUGACUUGUUUUGCACACACACUCUUCAGGUCACAUAUAACAUAUAAUAGAAUGGGUAGAACAUAAAGUUUAAUCCAAAUUGAUUGGUUUUCUUUUCAAAAUGAAGACACAAUCUGAUGUGUUUAAAAAAUAAUAAUAACAGUUAAAUAGUGCACAAUAAAUAAUGGUAACUUUAAGGAUGCAACGAAUAUUUGGCAACCAAAUUUAUUUUGUCAAAAAAAAGCACUUCCAGUGUGCGACUGAACAUGUAAAAAGACUAAAUCAUUUAAAAAUAAAAAGCCAGAUUUUUUUCAGUAGCAGCAGGUCAUUUUUGUAAUUAUUUAUCAUUGAAAAACAAGACAAUAUUGAAUAAAUAUUGAAUAAAUUUAGAUUAACUCAGUUAAAAACUAUGUAGAACAAUAGAGAAAAAAUCUACUUUCAGAUGGUUAAACAUGUAUUGGGUCAAAUUGACCCAGGAAAAUUACUGUUGCUGUAUAUGUAUAAAUCCUUAUCCUGAUAGAUGAGAAUUACAGGAGGUUUAAAGGUCUAAUAAGUACAUUUUCUUCCAUUUUUGGUAGGUUCCUUUUAGGAUUACAUUAUUAUAUGUGUCUUAAUCAUGUUCCUUAUUUACCUUGAAUUACCCAUGGUAGACCUCAUGAAGCUGUCAAGUAGCCAUUGAACUGAUCUCAUAAAAAAAACAAACCUACUGAUUGUAUUGUAGCUUUUAAAAUCACAACCGGUUUGACAAUUCCCUUUGAAACCCACUUGUAAACCAUAUAUUGAUUUUUCUAUUAAUUCAGCAAGACAAAUGGGCCCCCUGGCUCAAGCUUCUGCCAACGGUAGCAUCAGAUACUGUGAGACGAGCACAGAAGGGCGGGGUGAGUGUAGGCCAAGCUACUGGAUCACACAAGUGGGCUUCAGUGUGUAAAACGAACAGGCUGGUCCUGUCUUCUUUCUUUUGUUGGUUUUGUUUUGUUUUUUAAUCUUAGAACGUUCUGUAAUUUUGUUUAAAUUUUUGCUUUAUUAUCCUCUCAGUCUCUGUGUUAAAACUCGCCGGUCUGCCCGUGUGUUUCUCUCCUGGUCUUUUGUCUCUCGGCGGGUGGGGAAAGGUAGACUCUGAAGCCGUAGAUGGAAGCCAUAGACUUUGUGAAUUUGAUAUGCACCCAGUCUUUUGCAUCACCCUACACAAACUGCGCUGGAAUUCGACAGCGUUGCCUAGCAACAGCCACGGCGAACAGCACAUCCCAAGGCUGCUGGGAAGCGAAAAGAAGUGAGGACAGGUUCCCUCAUUGUAGCAUUACACAUCGUCCUAUGGCUGAGACCAUGGCUAUGAAGAGUUGGCAGGGAGGAACAUAUAAAACAUAUAAAAUAACUUGGAAAUAAUGGAACGGCUAUCGAGCUCUCCCUGAGACAUUCCUGCUAACAUAGUGUGUGUAGUAUUAUACUGUAUAAGUUAUUAGGUAUCUUUUAUUUAGGACUUUUUUGAGGACUUGGGCGAUACCUAUACUGUAUACCUAUACUGUUUAGCUAAAAAGUUAUUUGUCCGAUAUUAAGGUCCUUUCACACAAACUACAAUUUUUUCGGAUGUAAAUAUUGAAGUGUGGAACCUUCACUCUGAGUCUGACACAUUUUUUGUUCUGUAAAUGUCAAUCAUUUCUGUUUCUCAGCUCAUUAUCUGCUUUUUGCUCCUUUUUACUGCUGCUUUUGACCUCAAUAUAUUUAUAUUAAAAUAACCUCCACCAGUUUUUUAACUCGGGGUGUGAGAAAAUAUAUCGAUAAUGUAUUGUAACACAAAAUUGCGUCCUGCAAUACUGUAUCGAUUUUGAAAAACACUUUUGUAACAAUUGUUAUCAUUAGGUUGCAUGUAAAGAUUGAUAGAAGUAUCAGUGGUUUAUUUUUUUGUAUUGUGUUUAAAUUCUAGAUAAACACUAUAUAGCAGUGUUUUCAUUGGAUCCCACUGAUUGGACAAAAGUAAACUUUUCUUUUAUUGUUUUAUAAAUUAUUGAAUACAUAAAAGUUAACAUGUAUUUAGUUUUUUCAUUCAAAAAAAUACUUUGUGUGAAAGGGCCUUAAAGCUUUAAAUUGAUAUUUAUUAUGUAAUGGUUUAAUUCUCUUUUUUUCUAUCUAGCUCUGUAGGGACUGUUAAUUUGGCGAAAACUUAUUUUAAACAUAUAUAACAGUAAUACCUGCAGUAUUCUCAUUCUUCUGAAUUUUUAGCUUGUUAAGAAAUCUAGAAAUCUACAAAAGUAUCGGUCAGGUCCUAAUAUAACUUUGCACCUUCAACAUUCUUAUUUUUUUUCCCCCAUCAUCUCUUCUCUAUAACUGGUCUGGAUAUACAUAUCUUAGUUUUGUAUAAUCUUUGUACAGUCUUCCAAAAAACAAUGUCUGCAAAUGAGUUUAAAAAGUUAAAUACCUGCUGUAUUUAUGUGUGAAAUGUAGCCUAAAAUGUUCUGUGCGCUGUUUGUUUCUUAUUUAUUGAGAAAAAAAAAAACUGACAAAAAAACGUUGGUUUUAUUUCCACUUUUUGUCCAUGUUUUCUGAUUAUCAGAUAAGCUGUGGUUCUUGACUUCAUUAAAAACGGCUUUAUUCUGUAAA